GCGCAAUUACUCACCAACCCCCCAAGCCCCAAGCAGCCAACCAUGUCGUCAUCCUACGUCUACACCGUCCCCGGCGCCUACGGCCAGCCCAUCCCAUGGUACAUGCUGAGCCCAGACAACGCGCUCCACCGGCCCUUCGGCGCCUUCUCGCGCGGCCGCACCAUGUCCCCUCCCCCCUACGCCUUCGGCAUUCCCCCCUCGGAGCUCGCGCGCCGCCGAGCCGACGAAGCCUUCGAGGAGCGCAUGGCGCAGCUGGCGCGCUCGCCGGGCCUCCCCGCGCCUCCUCCCCGCCGGCCCUUCCCCGAGCCCCAGAUGCCGGUCCUCGGGCGAGCAGUCCUGAGCGUCGGGCGCGCGCUGACCCGCUGCGCGGCUCGGGUGCGGGGCUGGAAGGACUGGGCGGUGCAGACUAGGGAGCAGGUCAAGCAGGAUUACGCGCGCGUGGCGUUUGCCGUCGAGAGGAAGUAUUGGCUGGCGUUGACCGAGUACCGGAAGAGUCCCUGGCCGAACACCCUGCGCCAGCUGUGGUAUCUGCUGCUGAUGCUGAUGGGGCUUAUGCUCGUGGUGUGGGUUGGCUGGUUGAAGAUGCUCGCGGUGAUGGAGGAGCGAGGACGGGAGAGACAGGUUUAUUUACGCGUGGUUCCGGAGUACAAGGUGUGGUCUGUCACCCGGCCGCGAUGUACCGGGCUAAAUGAGUAA